AUGAACGACCCGGGACUCGAUGGGCCAAUUUCUAAGGAAGCAGAAGACCUCGAGGAUCGACAGCACAAUGAACAAGAUUCCGCUGAGGAGGAGGAGGCAUAUCUUACUCCAAGCCGAUGGUGGUUUGCAAGCACCGCGUUCCCAUUGAUCGCAGGCACUUUUGGACCAAUGGCCUCCACCUUCUCAAUAUGUUCCCUGGUGGUACAUUGGCGAGCCUAUAUUCCACCCGGUGCAACAGAGGAUGAUGGCAUAGACAUAAAUGAUCCGAAAUGGUUAACUGGCAUCAAUGCAGCGCAGCUCGUGAUAGCUCUCAUAUCCAACCUUUGCCUUCUGUUAAAUAUGGCGAGGAGAAUAUCAUUCUCCGUCGCUCAGCCAAUUACAAUCAUAGGAUGGUAUCUCUCAUCAGCUGCCUUAAUUGGCCUAUGUGCUACCGCUAGUGGCCCUCUAAUCCCUGAGCCUCGAGGAGAAGUCGUUUUUACUCAAGCAUUCUAUUAUGCUAUAAUUGCCGCGAUUCUCUACUUUUUGGUUGCAAGUUUGAUGGUUGCCAAUGUAUGGGGUGCCUACCGUGGCCAUUUUGAGAGGGACUUCCAGUUAACUAUAAGCCAACGGACAUUGAUGCUGCAAACUAUCAGUUUCUUUGUCUAUCUCCUCACCGGUUCUGCUGUAUUCUCGCAUGUAGAAGGAUGGAGAUAUCUCGAUACAGUAUAUUGGUCCGAUUACACGUUACUCACAAUUGGGAUAGGCAAUAUUGCUCCGUCCACUCACAUCGGAAGGUGUCUCUUGUUUCCAUAUGGAAUUGGUGGGGUUAUUAUCCUUGGUCUGGUGAUUGGGUCUAUCCGCUCACUUGUACUUGAACGAGGAAAGGUCAAACUAGGCGCCCGCAUGGUCGAAAAAGAACGAAGACGCUUCCUCGAAAUAAUAGAAAAGAAGGGCAAACCUGUCCUACAGCCCAUAACGGAUGAGAAACCCUCAAUGUCUCAAGUCUCUACCAACCAACAGAAUCAUCAAUCGAAAGAGCUCACGGAGCGCGAGCGUCGGCAACAAGAAUUUGAACUCAUGCGCAAAAUCCAGGACACUGCCCACUGGAAGCGCCGUUGGACAUCCCUCGUUAUCUCGUUAACAACCUGGUUGAUCCUCUGGUUCGCAGGUGCCGCGGUCUUUCAAGCCUCCGAAAAAGAUCAAGAUUGGACCUACUUCAAGUCACUUUACUUCUCCUACGUGUCUCUGUUGACCAUCGGCUACGGCGACAUAUACUUAGAAUCUAACUCCGGCAAAGCCUUCUUUGUUUUCUGGUCUUUACUUGCAAUCCCCUCCCUCACGAUCCUCAUUAGUAACAUGGGCGACACAAUCGUCAAAGGGAUCCGGGACCUGACGCUCUGGAUUGGAAAUUUUACCGUCCUACCAGGCGAAGAAGGCGUCAUAACUACGCUCAAGAGAUCUGCCAACAACGUCACUGGAGGACGUAUAUUCGACGAAGCAAACGGCCCCAAAGAGACGCCUCCCGGUAUUCUAGGUGAAACCAGACGAGGUAGCGAUGCCAACUCUGAAGAGAACCACCGCAGGAAAAACGCUCCCGAGUCUGCAGCGCAACGGGCUGAGGCGGGAAACGCCCGACAAGAAACAGCUCGAGCGCAAAGGAGGGGAGAAAAGCAGGACAAAUUGCCAGAUAAUAAACAUGAGUACCAUUGUCUACUAAUCUCGGAAAUUUCGCAGGUUAUGAAACAUAUGAAUAGCAGCCCGCCAAGGAAAUAUACGUUUGAUGAGUGGGCGUGGUAUUUGAAAGUGCUGGGCGAGGAUGAGGAGAGCGCUGAGACGCAUCGGAGGGCCAUGGUGACACCAGGGCCGCCUAGUGAAGGUCCGAAAAAUGCGACGCAGGGGAAAAUGGGCGUGGGUAUGGAAGCUAUAAAAGCGCAGGAUGGCGAGGAGGGAAAGGUAGAGUGGAGCUGGGUUGGGUAUAGGAGUCCGCUGAUGGGGCAUAAAGAGGAGCCGGAAUGGGUUCUAGAGAGGUUGACUAGGAGGUUGGAGAGGGAGCUGGAAAGUGUAAAGAGGGAUGAGUUGGAAAGGAAGGGAAGGGAACGUGAGAAUGAAGAUAACAACUGA